UUGAAGACUGAAAAACAAAAACCAAAGAUUGUAUCUUGUGUAACUAUACCGUCCACAAAACGUACGUCAAAUAUUAUUUACCAAAGCGAUUAUGAUAAAGAAAAUAUUGAAGCUAGACAAACAAUAGCAAAACAAAAUGAUUUUUCUUUUUACACAGAAAAGUCUAGAAACAUUUCAACAAAAGCGGAAAAAAUUAAAAAAACAAAAACAUCCAAUGUUAAGCUGCGACCAAAGGAAAAAAUUAGAAAAGACUUUAAAGUUUCCAAAGAAAAAAAUAUGAAAGGCUUAAAGAAGAAGUUGAAACGAAGAGACAGUAAAUCAAGCAACAGUGAUAUCGAUAUGAGUAUUCACAGUGAUUCAGAUAUAUGCGGGAUUGUUUCCGAUCAAGAUGAGCCAGGUUCUCCUGUAGAUGCUUAUGAUUCUAAUUUAUCUAUAGGCAGUGAGAACAUAGUAGCGACUAUCACAAAAACAGGUCCUAAUUUAUGUUUGAAUGAACCACUGGUUCCUGUAACAGUAGAUCAUUUUUCAGAACCAGGACCCUCGACUAGUUCAACGCGCGAAGAAGUUUCUGUAGAGUAUAAAAUAGGCGAAUAUGUUUUGGUUAGAUAUUUUUUUACAAAAAAAAGUUAA